GUUGAGCCCACGAUUUGUGGGUCUGACACAGAUCCUUGCACAAGGCCAGCCACAGAAUACGCUAAUUGAGCCGUAUGGAGUACUCUUUCAGCAAUUUCGCCCGGAAAUCUAUUCGAGAUUCAUGUCCAGAGCGCCGUCAUGUCCAAAACAACCAGCGAGGAGCAGUGCACGACCCCAGAGACGCUGCCCUCAAGCGGCUCGUCUAUUACCUCGCUGAACGACGACGACGCAGCCAAGUACUAUCAGUCAAAAUCACAUCUGCAAAUACCUGGUUCCUCCGCGCCAGCUUUACUGCAUGCAGCGAGAAAUGCAAGUGCGACGAUAUAUGCCAUCUUUGGCGGCCAGGGGGUGUUGAACCCCCUGCGCGAGCUCAAGGACCUCUACACACAGAACCCCACGAUCGUCGAAGGACCGCUUGAGCGGGCAUCUGCGCAUCUCCAGCGUCUUCUUGAUGACAAUCCUUCUUUCUCCGUCCAUUAUCCUACUGGACUCGAUAUCAUGUCGUGGAUUCUCGAUCCAGAACUGCAACCUCUGCCACACACGCUCAGCAGAGCCCCCAUCAGCCUCUUGCUGGUCGGGUUACUGCAGCUUACCAAUUAUUAUGUUUUGACUCAUUCACUUGACUUGGGUCCUGGCGAUAUGGGGACUUUCUUUCGCGGCAUCGGCGGCCAUUCGCAAGGCGUGGUGUCCGCGGUCAUCGCGUCUGCCGCUCGCGACUGGGAGUCACUCGACAGGCUGUCGCUCACUGCGCUUACAAUCCUCUUCUACAUUGGUUGUCGGGCCCAGUCAGUCUUUGAUCCUGCACCCGUAAACGAGGAAGUGCUGCAAGAUUGUCAAACGCACGGCGAGGGCGACCCAUCGUGUAUGCUGCGAGUGCAUGGCCUCUCACUCGACGUUCUCACCAAGGUUGUGGACAAGGUCAAUCAUCAGCUUUCCCAAUGCGACCAAGCAGAGCUGGCUCUUAUCAAUGGGCCCCGGAACUUCGUCCUAGGCGGGCCCCCAACGACUCUGUACGCCAUCUCUCGAUGCCUGCGUCGCAUUGCAGCCCCGACUGACGUGUCGCAAGCGCGCGUUCCGUACAGCCAGCGCAAGCCAGAAGCAACGAUCAGCUUCCUGCCGAUCACCGUCCCAUUUCAUACUUCACAUCUAUCUACGGCCUGCUCGCUCGUGCUCCACGAUCUCCGCGAUAUGUACCUGGCCCGCGGGGAUUUGAGAAUUUCCGUCUACGACACUAGUGAUGGAUCCGACCUGGAAGACGGCACUGGACGAGACCUCGUCCCAGACUUAGUGCGCAUGAUCAUGACCCGGCGUCUAGACUGGCCAGCCACUGCCCGAUUCCUCGGGGCUACGCACAUAGUAGAUCUCGGACCGGGCAUUCAUCAAGAUGGCAUUGGUGCGUUGACAGACCGGCUCAAGCGAGGGACCGGUGUGCGCACCAUCAUCUUCGGUCAAAACAAUAUAUCCUCAUCAUCGUCGCCACCAGAAUUUGGCAACCGAAAUGAGUUGCUCGAUGGGUCUACCAUCAUGCCUGGCCGCGACUGGAGAAAGGAAUACGGGCCGCACCUCGUCUUAUCGACCGCUGCACCGGUCAUUGAAACCAAAAUGACCACACUCCUAGGCCUCCCUCCGCUCAUGGUGGCUGGAAUGACCCCUACAACCUCUUCCUGGGAGUUUGUUGCCGCGACCAUGAACGCAGGGUAUCAUAUUGAGCUUGCGGCUGGCGGAUUCCAUGACGCUGCAAGCUUUGAGGCUGCAAUUCGCGCCGUCGUGGCCCACACGCCGGCCGGCCGUGGAGUCUGCUGCAACGUCAUUUACGCUAACCCCCGCGCUCUCCGCUGGCAGCUUGACACCAUUCAGAAGCUGCAGGCAAGACACCUGCCCAUCGAUGGCCUAACAAUCGGCGCGGGCAUUCCCUCACCCGACACCGUCGCCGGGUACAUCCGCGACAUGCCGGUCCUCAAGUACAUCUCGUUCAAGCCGGGCUCCCUGCAGGCAAUAGGAGAGGUCAUCGCCAUCGCAAAGAUGCAUACGCAUUUUCCCAUCAUGCUGCAGUGGACCGGCGGCCGUGCGGGCGGACAUCACUCGUUCGAAGACUUUCACGAGCCCAUCCUGCAGAGCUAUCAUCGCAUCCGCGCCUGUGCAAACGUUGUGCUGGUCGCGGGCAGUGGCUUUGGUGAUGCAGCAGACUCGUAUCCAUAUCUCACAGGCGAGUGGUCCGUCAGGUUGGGUUCCUCACCCAUGCCAUUUGACGGCAUUUUGCUCGGUAGCCGAGUGAUGGUUGCGCGGGAGACUCGCACCAGUGACGCGGCCAAGGAGCUUAUUGUGGCUACCCCGGGCGUUGCAGAUGACAAGUGGGAAGGAACUUAUACUCAACCGACUGGGGGUAUCCUGACGGUGAUCUCAGAAAUGGGUGAGCCGAUCCAUAUGAUCGCGACACGGGCUGUGAAAUUGUGGUCGCACUUGGAUCGCAAGUUCUUUUCCGUCCAGGACAAGGCCGUCAGGCUACAGAUGCUGCAGAAGGAAAAACCACAAAUCAUCGCGCAGCUCAAUGAGGACUUUGCAAAAGUCUGGUUUGGUCGCACAGAUUCCGGGACUGUCGUGGAUCUCACCGAGAUGACCUACGUGGAGGUAGCAGCACGACUGAUUGACUUGACGUAUUUGCAGCCGCGUCAGAGAUGGAUACAUUCUUCAUACUGCGAGCUAGCUUACGAAUUCUUGACCCAUGUGGAAAGCCGCUUUGCACCACGUACGGAAGGGGUAAGGCUUAUCAAAUCUAUUCAGAAGAUCAGGGAGGACCCGUACAAAGCUCUUCAGCGCUUGAAGCUUCAGUACCCCGGACUAGAAGGUCAGCUUCUCAGCCACCAAGACGAAGCUAUCUUCACGAUGAUGUGUCGCAGAAGAGGCCGCAAGCCGGUCCAGUUCAUCACGGCGCUCGACAACGACUUCGAGUAUUACUUCAAGAAAGAUUCACUGUGGCAGUCUGAAGAUCUCAAUGCCGUUCAGGGUGAGGAUAUCCAGCGAACCUGUGUCCUGCAUGGCCCCGUUGCGGCGCGCUACACACAGCGGGCGGAUCAAACGAUCAAAGAGCUCCUGGACGAGAUUUACUACGGGUAUAUUGGCUUCCUAGAACAAUCUGGACCAGUCUGUCUGCGUAAUAGCUCAGGCGGGGCCGAUGCUCGUGGCAAGGGAAAGCCCAAGGAUGAACGAUUCGAGGUUAAUGAUAACUGCCUUGCCAACGAAGACUUGUGGUAUCAGAGACUCGCUGCCGGAAGAUCCUCCUAUUUUCAGCUUGCGUUUCUCUCCCAGACAGUCAUGCGAGACCGCCAGGUAUCGAUGAACCCGGUUCGGGCAAUUUUCAAGCCACGAGCAGAGAUAAGAGUCGUUGUUGAUGGCUCGGCUGGCCAAGUCGAAGUGGUCUCCCUCUGGGAGCGUCAAAAUACCGGGGAUGAGCGAAUGGUCGCGAGGAUGACAGUGCGCUCAUCCGGAUUGAUCGACCUCGAGCUAAUCAACUACGAGACAGUGACUGGAGAGCCGGCCGUUCUUGCGCUUCAAUUUGGACCAGGGAGCACUCAGCAUCCACUGCGAGACCUCACCCCCAACCUCAAUAAGCGAGUCCAAACUUUGUACCACCACAUCUGGUUUGGCGACGAGCCAAUACCCUCUCGCUCGGUAUCGAAUUUCUCUGAAUUCGAUGAAGGAGAGUUCACCGUGACAGCAGCAAGCCUUCGACAUUUUUCCACGAGCAUUGGAAGCCGCAAAUGCAGCCAGCGAUAUCACAAUGCUAGCAUAGCUCCGCUGGACUAUGCCGUCGUGGUGGCAUGGAAAGCUCUCACCAAGCCCCUGUUUGCUCUCGACGUGAACCUACUCCGUCUCGUUCAUCUUCAGAAUUCUUUUGAAUGGAUGAGUCCCAUUCGCGAUAAUGAUAUACUGUCAACAAAGUCCCAUGUUUCUUCCCUCAUUGUGCAAGAGUCUGGCACCGUUGUUGAGGUGAAGGCCAUCAUAUCCAGAUCUAGCCGGCCGAUUGUGACCGUCACCAGCCAAUUCAUGCUGCGCGACGCGAAGAGUGUUCCUCCAGGAGCGAUUCCAUUCAAGACUGUCGAAGAAAACCCUUAUAAAGUAACUCUUGACAGCGCCGGUGCGGUCGCGGUACUCGAGUCUAAGCCAUGGUUUCAGCGCCAUGAUCCAUCGACUGAGUUGGUUGGCGCAACGCUGCUCUUCCAACUGCAGUCACGCUACCACUACAGUGCCAAAGGUGAAGUGAUCAAGGUGGAAGUGACCGGUACUGUCCAGGUUGAAAGCGAUGUCAGGGGAGACCUAGUUCAGAUCGGUGCUAUUCAUUGGCACUCGACGACGCCAGCCAACAUUGUCACCGGGUAUCUCACUCGCCACGGCCGUCCUUCAACAUCCCGGGUGCUGUUUGACAGCCCUCUAGAGCUCGCCCUCACACCGGAUACCUUUUCUGCGCCGACAGAUAAUUCCAUGUAUGCCUAUGCUUCCAAAGACCUCAAUCCUAUUCAUCUGUCCAAGUCAAUGGCAGCGUAUGCCGACCUCCCUGGAACCAUCACCCACGGCAUGAAUACAAGCGCUCGGGUGCGAGCCCUUCUCUGUACACAGCUGUGCAGUGGAGAUGAGUCUCUCUUUGACCGGUUUACCGUCUUCUUCACCGACAUGGUUCUUCCAGACGAGCAGCUGCAGCUGAGCGCCCGGCACAUUGGGAUGGUGGACGGAGCUAGGGUCAUCGAAUAUACAGCGCGAGAUCAGGCCGGGCGAACAAUAGCCAAGGGAGAAGCUGAGAUACGUAACGCCCCCACUGCUAUGCUGUUCACUGGCCAAGGCAGUCAACGUCAGGGUAUGGGCAUGGAGCUGCGCCAGUCAAGCCCCGUGGCUCGCCAGCUGUGGGAUCGCGCAGAUGCCUAUUUUGUGAAAACAUAUGGAUUCCGCAUCUCGGAUAUUGUCAUCAAAAACCCGAAGAAGCUCACCGUCCGCUUUGGCGGUCCGCUGGGACGCAAAUUGCGCGACAACUACCGGGCCCUUCGAUACCUGGCCCCCGACGAAGACGGGUUCAAGCCGACCCAGAUUUUUCCGGAACUGGACCACAACACCGUCUCGUACACUUUUUCGUCUGAUACCGGCUUGCUGUUUGCGACACAAUUCACGCAGCCCGCUCUCACGCUGACCGAAGUCGCCAUCUACGAAGAUCUAAAGUCGCGUGGGCUUGUUUCUCCAACGACUGCGUUUGCCGGUCACUCGCUCGGCGAGUACGCCGCCAUUGCCGCGUUUGGAGGACUGGUGCCUCUUGAGACACUGAUGGCGAUUGCUUUCUAUCGUGGACUUUCAAUGCAGGUUGCUGUGCAGCGCGAUUCCGCCGGACGUUCGGCGUUUGCCAUGUGCGCGCUGAAUCCAUCCAAGCUUUCUCAAGCAAUGAACGCGGAUCAGUUGAACCGGAUUGUAAAGACGGUGUCAGAGAUGACAGGCCUGCUCAUCGAGAUUGUCAAUUACAAUAUCCAUGGGCAACAGUACGUCUGUGCUGGCGAUGUCCGCGCUCUCCUAUGCCUCACUCGCCUCCUCGACUCCCAGCCCGAGUCUCAUCACGACAACAACUCAUCUGUCGGCGAGGCUCUGGCGCAGAUCCUGCCAUCUAUUCCCAAAACCCCUCUGAGCGCGGAGGACCUGCCACGUGGCACCGCAACCACGCCUCUUACCGGAAUUGACGUCCCGUUUCAUUCCAGUUUCAUGAAGCACGGGAUCCCUGCAUUCCGUCAGUUCCUGUACGCUCAUAUACAGUGUCAACACGUCGACCCCCAACGAUUGAUCAAGCGAUAUGUGCCUAACCUGACGGCACGGCUGUUUGAUAUUGACAAGACAUAUUUUGAAGUGACGGAGUCAUUAACUAGGUCGCCGGUGCUGAAGAGGGUUCUGGAUCAGUGGGAUGAGAUCCAUGCGGAUACAGAUAAUCCGACAAGUAUUGUUCAGAUGAUGAAAACUUUCCAGGAGAAAUAAAUGAGAUCUGUUGGGAAGAUGUAGAUUGAAGAGGCGAAGCUCUGAUAUUGUUUGUAUGUUGUUUAUAUAUCGAAUGUCGGGAUACUAGAUUAGAUUUAGUUAUAUCAGGA